UUUUUAUUUAGGAUAAACAAGGAACAAUCAUACUACAUUGAUAUUAUGUGUAAAAUAAAUGGAAUACUCUUACCUGGAGGUGCUGUACUUUUUGAGAAACAUGAGAAAUAUAAAAACGAUUGCAUUGAGAGUGCAAAAUUAAUUUUUGAGAUAGCACGGAAACAAAUGGAUCUUCCAAUAUUUUGUAUUUGCUUAGGAUUUCAAUUAAUGUUCCUACACUCAACCACGGGCGAUGACACUAAUACAAGACAGAAUUGUGCUAAAGUAAAUGGUUCCAUGAAUAUUAUUUUUGAAGAAGAUUUUCGUAACUCUAAAUUAUUUUCCAAAUUGAGUCAGGAACUGGAGAGCCAAGUACAACAAGAACGAUGUGCACAUCAUCAUCACCAGUUCUGUGUCACUAAAGAGAUUUUAAAAACAUAUAAUAUAGAUGAUCAAUGGAAAGUUUUAGCAACUCAACGAAAUAUAGAUGAAACUGACUUUAUAACAAUUGCUGAGCAUAAACAUUUUCCCUUUUUUGGCUGUCAAUUUCAUCCAGAACGUGCAGUUUUCGAAGAUGUUUUCAAAGAUGAUUCUAUGCAUUCCGAAACAUCUAUAAAAUUUGCUGAAUAUUUAAUAAAUUUUUUUAUAACAGAGUGCGGAAAGAAUAGUAAUCGUUUUUUAAGUUCAAAAGAAAAGGAAUUAUGCUGUAUUCAAAACUUCAAAGUGACUGACACAAAAGAUUUGGGAGGACGCUGGAAGGAGUGUUAUAUAUUUGAAGAAAAUAUAAAUUACUCAAAUUCGUGAUAAUUUUAUUA